CAAUUGAACCACCAAAAGGUUAUAUUUCUCGAAAUCACAGUAAAAUGUCGAAAAAAGCUCAAACAACAAUUCAAAAAUAAGCCGACAAUCUCUCUCUUCCACUCUCUCCGAAACCCCUUAGCAGCUCCUCCUAAACAAUUAUUUAAAAAACAAGCCACACGUAUGGAUCUGUUUUUCAUAUUUUCAUCUUCAAUUUUUUGGUUUUAAAUUUCCAUUCUCCCUCUGGCCUCCUUCCCAUUAUUUCCCCUCCCUCCUUUUUGUAUGUAUUCAGAAGAGUCGAGGACCAACAAAAAAAAGGAAAAACUGGGGAAAGAUUUCGAGGGUUUGGAAACCCGACCAGGGCCUUCGAUUCCCUAGCCCUUCCUGCAUCUCAAGGCUCUGGUUGUAACAAAUAACGUGUUUGACUUGGAAUCAGUCUCGGAUCGGUGUUUUUUCGGUCGAUUUUGGUGCAGAUAUAGCUUUGAUUCAGGUAGGGCAGUGUUUUUUCGUCGCCUGUAACGAAUCUGGUUUUUGAUAGCGGUUUUGAAGAUCCAUUGCGAUGCAGAAAAUCAGGGCUGUUGGGAUCGGGAUCUAAGUAGAAGUAUCUUAUAGUUUUAGGGUUUGAGGGUUUCCGGUUGGGGUGGAGUUUGUGGGGGGAAUCUGCGAGGCGUAGGGUUCGAUCUGUGGCAGAUCCAAGGAAGGGGAAUUCUAGUGAAAUGGAGGCGAUGGAGAAUUUAAUUCAACUUUCGGAGUCUAUGCAGCAGGCUGCCGCUCUGCUGAAUGAUGAAGACACGGAGGAAUCCUCGAGCCAGACGUCGACUUUUCUUAACGUUGUGGCCCUCGGAAAUGUUGGCGCUGGAAAAUCAGCAGUAUUGAACAGUCUGAUUGGACAUCCUUUGCUGCCAACAGGAGAAAAUGGAGCAACUCGUGCACCUAUUAUUAUUGAUUUACAGCGAGAUAGCAGUGUCAACAGCAGGGCUAUAUUCCUCCAAAUUGAGAACAAGACCCAGCCAGUUUCUGCCAGUGCACUUCGACAUUCGCUUCAAGACAAGCUGAGUAAAGGGCUAGGGAUACCACCAAUGAAGCUUCGCACAAGCACAUCACCACCAUUGAAGCUAAUUGAUUUGCCAGGUCUUGAUCAACGUGUUGCAGAUGAUUCCAUGAUAAGUAAUGUUGCUGAACACAAUGAUGCGAUUCUAUUGGUGGUUGUUCCUGCAUCACAGGCACCAGAAAUUUCUUCAUCGCGAGCUCUUAAAAUGGCUCUUGAAUUUGAUCCUGACGGUACACGAACCAUUGGUGUUAUCAGUAAGAUUGAUCAAGCAUCUUCUGACCAGAAAAGCCUUGCUGCUGUUCAAGCACUGCUGUUGGGCCAGGGGCCACGCACUACUCAAGAUAUACCCUGGGUAGCUUUAAUUGGACAAUCUGUAGCUAUUGCUUCAGCACAAGGGUCUGUAGGGGGUGAAAGUUCACUGGAAACUGCUUGGAGGGCAGAGAGUGAGAGUUUGAAGGCAAUUUUGACUGGGGCUCCACAAACAAAGCUUGGCAGGAUAGCUUUGGUUGAAACACUUGCUCGGCAGAUUCGUAAGAGAAUGAAAUUAAGACUGCCUAGCAUUCUCUCAGGGUUGGAGGGUAGAUCACAAGUUGUUGAAGAUGAAUUAGUAAGGCUUGGCGAGCAAUUGGUUCAAUCUGCUGAAGGAACUCGAGCUAUUGCACUAGAACUAUGUCGAGAAUUUGAAGAUAAAUUUCUUCAACACAUUGCCACAGGAGAGGGUGGGGGUUGGAAAGUGGUAGCAUGUUUUGAGGGAAAUUUUCCAAACAGGAUCAAACAACUACCUUUAGAUAGACAUUUUGAUAUCGUAAAUGUGAAAAAGGUUGUUUUAGAAGCAGAUGGUUACCAACCAUAUCUUAUAUCCCCUGAAAAAGGAUUAAGGGCCCUUAUAAAGGGAGUUCUGGAGCUAGCAAAGGAACCUGCACGAAUGUGUGUUGAUGAGGUGCAUCGUGUACUCAUUGACAUAGUGUCUACAGCGGCAUCAUCAACUCCAGGCCUUGGAAGAUAUCCACCAUUCAAGCGAGAGGUUGUUGCAAUUGCUUCUACUGCGUUGGAUAACUUCAGAGUAGAAGCUAAAAAAAUGGUGGUAUCCCUUGUUGAUAUGGAACGGGCAUUUGUUCCCCCUCAACACUUCAUUCGGCUUGUUCAAAGAAGGCUAGAUAGGCAACGCAGGGAAGACGAGAUGAAAAAUCGAGCUUCCAAAAAAGGCCAUGAUGCAGAGCAAUCUUUGCUUAAUAGGGCAACAAGUCCUCAACCUGGUAACCAACAGACAGGUGGGACCUUAAAAUCAAUGAAAGAUAAGUCCAAUCAGGCAGAUAAAGAUAAUAAGGAAACAUCUGUAUUGCAGACUGCUGGUCCUGAUGGAGAGCUUACAGCAGGUUAUUUGCUGAAGAAAAGUGCAAAAACAAAUGGUUGGAGUCGGCGGUGGUUUGUCCUGAAUGAGAAAUCUGGAAAGCUUGGUUACACCAGAAAGCCAGAAGAAAGGCAUUUUAGAGGAGUCAUUAAUUUGGAGGAAUGUAUUAUCGAGGAGGUAACAGAAGAUGGUACUUCUGAUUCUCCAGCUCCAGCCCCAGCCAAAUCAAGUUCUAAAGACUCAAAGAAGGCAAAUGGUGCUGAUGCUGUAGCUGUAAGUCUGGCAUUCAAAAUCACCAACAAGGUUUCAUACAAAACAGUACUAAAAGCACAUAGUGCAUUGCUGCUGAAAGCAGAAAGUAUAGCUGAUAAAACAGAGUGGGUUAGCAAAAUCAGGAAUAUUAUUCAGCCAUCAAAAAACGUAUCGACAAAAGGACUGUCACCCUCUGAUUCUGGUUCAACAAUGCGCUCAAGUCAUUCAGAUGGUUCACUUGAUACAAUGGCCAGGCGUCCAGUUGAUCCAGAGGAGGAGCUGAGAAUGAUGGCUCAGGAAGUACGUGGUUAUGUGGAAGCUGUUUUAAAUAGUCUUGCUGCAAAUGUUCCCAAAUGUGUGGUACUCUGCCAAGUUGAGAAAGCCAAGGAGGAAAUGCUGACCCAACUUUAUAGCUCUAUCAGCUCUCAGAGUUCAGUAAAGAUUGAAGAACUUCUCCAAGAAGAUCAGAAUGCGAAAAGGAAACGUGAGAGAUUCAAAAAACAGGCAUCUUUAUUGUCGAGGCUUACUCGUCAAUUAAGUGUCCAUGAUGUUCGAGCAUCAAGUGAUAAUUUUUCUGCAAAUGGAGCUUCGGGAAGUGGACCUAGCACACCAGUUUCAACAAAUGAGGACUGGAGAGUUGCAUUUGAUACCGCUGCAAAUGGGCCCAGUGAUUAUUCAAAUUCUGUUGCAGAUUCACCAAGUAUUAAUUCUUCAAGGAUGAAUGGUCACAGUAGAAGGCUAAGUGACCCGGCACAAAAUGGUGAAAUAAAUUCUAGUCGACGAACUCCGAACAGACUCCCUCCACCGCCACCAUCUUCUACCAGUUCCAUGUAUAGAUACUAGACAUUUUUGGGAUUUGUGAUUCAUUUAGAUAACCCUAAGCAUUGAGUGGGUUUUCCACAGUAAUACCCCUAGUCUCGAACAUUUGAAUAUAACAUCAGAGCUUUCCUGUGUGAAAUUAAUCCAAGAUAGCGGUACUUAGGGUUUCAUCUGUUAUAGCACUACAGAUUUCAAGGUUCCUUGAAAUCUUAUCAGGUUGGCUGUUAUUUAGCAGGUCUUUUGUCCUCCUGCAUUUGUUAUUCAAUCCAUCCAAUUUUUUACUACUUGAAUUUUUAUAGAUGUAUUUAGUGUAUGUAUGGUAUAUCAAGGAAUAUCAAUUUGCAUGCUCUUUAUCUGCA